AACUCCUUCCUCUCAGUCUCUCAGGCCCCACGACGUCUCCUCUCCUCUCCUGCGUGCUUCCGUUGCAAAUCCGCACUCCCCACCACACUACCGAGUACUGACCUGACGCUCGCCCUGCUGCGUCUGCCCAGGGACCAAGGACUCAACGAAAGGAGAGACCUUUCCGCGGUCUCUUGCGAUCCUCCUCCUCGCCAUCGCCAUGCUAAGGAGGUCCCGCCACGGCGGGGUCCGUCUCGGCCGGAAGCUGCUCGGCCUGUGGCGUCGGGCGCUGUGCGGCGGGCGCCGGCGCCGGCGCCGGGGAGGCUACCGCCGCCUGAAGCAGCAGCAGCAGCAGCCCUGCGCCGGCACGCCCGAGCGCGCCGCGAGGAAGCUCGCGCCGGCGCUGCUGCGGUGGGGCCGGUCGCUGGCGCGGCGUCUGCGCCUCGGGUGGAGGGCCGGCGGCGGGCGCCGGAUGCUGGCCGGCGCCGAGGCUGAGGUGGCCACGACGCCCAAGGGGCAGGUUGCCGUGUACGUCGGCGGCGGCGGCGGGGAGGCGGCGCAGUCUCUGCGGUACGUGGUGCCGGUGGUGUACCUGAACCACCCGACGUUCGGCGAGCUGCUCAGGGAGGCCGAGGAGGAGUUCGGCUUCCAGCACCCCGGCGUCAUCACCAUCCCCUGCCCCGCCGCGCGGUUCGAGCAGGCCGCCGCCCUGGCAGCCGCGGGGAAGAAGGGCUUCGCCAGGUGGUAGUGGUAUAGGCAGGCACUAGUCGUCGUUAUAGCCUUAUAGGAGGGAGAGGGAUGGAGGGAGGCCCAGGCCCUCCCUGGGCGCCGCCGCCGGCGGAGGCGGGUGGUGUACAUAUAUAUGUGUUUCCAUCGUAA